CCCUCCUCCAGAUUUGCUCUCUCUAAACGCUCCAAAGCCUAGACUCUCUCCUCUUUGAGAUUCAAAACAAUGGCGAGCUUCUUCAACAAUAUUUGGGAUAGCAUCAUUCCUUUUCUGGGUGACCAGAACAUAUCUAAGAACCUGCUCUCCAUUUUCGACGAUGAGAAGUUCAGGAAGGAGAUGUUGGAUACUCACGCUCCCGAUGAAGGAGACGUCGAUGUCCAGUCUCUCUUCCUUCUCAUCAACAACACCCUCAGUGAAGCUACCGUGAUUGUUGACUCGGUCGUCAACCCUAAGGGCACUCAAGGAUCUGCAAGCACUGCAUUCAAGCCACCAGAGGAAGGCUUCAAUCCACCCAUUGCAGCAAUCAACGAAGUGGCUUGUCAGAUCACAUGCAAGGCAUUAGACACCAAAAAUGUGCGCAAAACGUUUGAAUCGCUCUUUCGCAAGCUAUUGACCUACUCAUGGGUCGCUAAGGCUGUUAUUACCCUGUCGUCGCUCGCUCUAUACUACAGCGACUUUUGGCUACUCGCUCAACCAACGGGCAAGCUCACGAAGUCGAUGGCCAUACUGAAGGGGUUGCCUGCAAUCACAAAGUCCCCGGAUGUGCAAAAGAUCCAAGUGUUUAGAGAUCUGAAUGAUAUCAUUAAGAUCAUAUUGAGCAUGACCGAGUGCAUCGUGGAGUUCGAGCAUGACAGUAAAGAUGUUCCCGAGCUGUCCACAACAAUCGAUAUUCCAGGCAGCGUUUAUCAGAUCAUCAUCUGUGUCCUAGUUUGCUCGAUUCAGUUCACCAGCCUCAUCAACCUCGUAGAUGACUACAAGGGAAAAGAUCUCCAACCCUUUGCUCGGAAAGUGAACAAGAUAAACCACAGUAUCCAGGCAGAUUUUGAAGAUUACAAACACCGAAAGGCGGAAAUUAGAGAGUAUCAAAGGCUGGGGCGAAUUUUCAAUGCCCCCACUGAUAAUGUGGAGCUCAUCAAGGCCUUGUUUUACUUCAAGGACGAUCCUCAGCGACUCUUCAUUGGUUCGGAACCGGACAAAAAGUAUAAGGUUGAGUCCCUACGCAAGAAAUGUGUGAUGCUGCUGAUCUCCGACCUAAACUUGAGCCCUAACGACAUUUCCAUCCUUAAAAUGAUCUACAAGGAGCCCAAGUUCAAAGAGAAGUGCUAUGAGAUCAUGUGGGUCCCGAUCAUCGACCAAGAAGGCGAGGACACGAUCAACCAGUUCAAGCAUCUACAGUCACAAAUGCUGUGGUACUCGGUGUGCUCCCCGACACUUAUCAACAAGGUGGCCAUCAAGAUGAUCAAGGAAAAGUGGCACUUUAGGCAAAAGACUAUUGUGACUGUGUUGGAUCCACAAGGAAGAGUCUCAAACCAAAAUGCCAUGAGCUUGAUUAGGGUUUGGGGGUGGCAUGCAUUCCCUUUCACUGAUUCAGUAAUAGCAGACCUUUGGAAGCCUGACAUUGACCGGUUUGAGCUCUUGGUGACUGACAUGAUCUUUCCUAAUAUACAUGAAGUUAUCAAGUCCGAGAAGUACAUCCUCCUUUACGGAUCUGAAGACCCCAAGGCAAUCCAGGAAAUUGAGGAGCCACUGAAGAAGAUCAAAGACGAUGGCAUCCCCAUCGUCUCCCACAAUGUCAACAUGCCGCUCUUCUGGAGCCGCCUCGAGAGCUGUAUGCACUUGAAAUUGCAAACCAACGCGAAUGUGCCCGAAGCCCUCAUGCGAGAUAUCCUCAACCUCUACACCAACUUCAAGAGGCACGGCGGGUUUGUGGUUCUCACAAAGGGGUCACGGAUCGUGACCAACGACUCGAUAGUUACUGUCACAGAGGUUUUCUCCAAAUACGAGACUGAAUGGAAGAGUCAGGUGACCCCGAACGGUAUGACGUUCGACAUGGCCUUCAUGGAUUUCCGCAACCAGGUCUAUGACCCUCCAAGGUGCAACGACUUCUGCAUUCCCACUAUAGUGGAUUACAUCCCGGAGAAUAUGAAAUGUCCGGAUUGCCCUAGCAUGAUGAAGAUCAAUUUCAACUUUGAGUGUUGCCAUGGAGCACACUAGCGAACCUACAUAUCCGUCUACUGGCCCAUGUCCACAAUAAGAGGUGCUCAGUGAGUACUUUGUAGGGCGGGACAUGAAUGAAGGGGCUGUUUGCUCAGUCCCAGAGUGUGUAUGUUGCCCACUUUAGGGCAACCUAUGUAUGACUUGGCAUGUCCGAGUACUUUGUUUGAGCAUGUAGUUUCGUUC